CGAUGCACAAAAAUGUAUCGAUUUUCCCGUAAUAAUAACUCCUCUUCCUCCUCUUCCAACAUCACGUACAACUCCUCCAAUUCAAAGUACUACGUCCAGUUCGGCGGGAAAAGAAUCGAAACCACCGUGACCGACAGAGCAUCCGUCGCAAACGAUUGGGUCACCAUGAUCCGGUCCAAACACGCCGGCGAGUCAACCGUCGUCGUCGGCCUGGACAAUGAAUGGCUGCCCCACCCGGUCAGGUACAUGAGCAACAAGUCCGCCACCUUGCAGCUCUGCGUGGACGAAGACUGCCUCAUCCUCCAGCUCUUCUACGUGGACGAGAUCCCGGAGGAGCUGAAGAGGUUUCUGUCGGACUCCACGUUCGUGUUCGUCGGAGUUGAGGUCGCCGACGACGUGGGGAAGCUGAGGGAGGAGUACGGGCUGGUGUGCGCGAAGAGCGAGGAUAUCCGGGAGCUGGCGAAGAAGAAGUGGCCGUGGCGGUUCAGCCGGCCGGGGCUGAAGGAUCUGGCGAUGGAGAUAUGUGGGCUGAACAUGCCGAAGCCGAAGCACGUGUGCAUGAGUAACUGGGAAGUGCGGGAGUUGAGCCCCGCUCAAGUUGAGUAUGCUUGCAUUGACGCCUAUGCAUCUUAUAGGAUCGGUCAACGCCUUAUCUUGGAAAAUUAAUUGCUUACGAGUGUUGGAGUACUACUACGUAUUAUUAUUACUCCCAGAAUAAAUAUUUACUCCCUACAUAAGAAAUUAAGCUCUUCGAGCUUUCUAUUUCUGAUUAAUAUAAUUAAAUAAAUGAAUUGAGCUUAGAAGAAUAAUUUU